CUUGAAAACAGUACACAGCCGCAGCUAGCUGCUAUCUGUCAGAUUAUGCAUGGGUCGUGGUCUCCUAUGCUUGGAACUUCAGUGUGACAUUUUUACCACUGUCGACGGUACGAUAUUUUUACCACUCCUACUCGCAAUGCUGGUCCCUUGUGACGUUUGCAGGCGAUAAAGCUCCUUGACUUCAUCUCGGACACGUGCCCUUUCAGAGGGCCAACGAUGCACACGGGUCCAAAAAUGGACCAAUCUGUUGGCCACUCACUGAAUAAUAAAAGUAACCACAGUCAGCAAGCUGAAAAGGAAACAUCGCCUAUCAAUUCCUUAGUAGACAAUAAGAAAGGCGAAGAAAAUGAAAUAGAUUGUUUAAUAGAAGCAAAAACCAAGAAAGUAGAAGAGGAAAAUGAUGCACAUUACACACCUAAAAAUCAUGAAAACAAGACCCUCCUUUUCAGAGAAGAUCAGCACACGCCAGAAGACUCCCAAAAGCAGUUCAACUUUUGGAAGCUUCCUGCAAGAGAGAAAAUUGCAUAUGCAAGACGAAGUAUUACUGUAGAACCAAUGCUUGCCCUUUUUAUUAUACCAAGCAUGUUGUCCAACCUCGCAACGCAAAAUCUCAACUUAGAAAAAGCUUGCCGAGUUAAUCUGCGUUUUAAUGAUGAGGUAUGCGACGCUCUUUCCGUACGAGACACAGCAAACUAUGCGUUUGAAGAAUCGGAGGUUCAGAAACUGACAGCAGGAAUGGCAGGGUGGAAGAUGCUAGUUCAGAGUUCUCUUCCAGCAGUCCUCAUACUUUUUGUAGGAAACUGGUCUGAUCGCCACGGUCGCCGAAAGCCAUGCAUGUUGCUGCCAAUAGUCGGAGAGUUCUGCACAAGUAUUGGCCUCCUUGUCUGUACAUUUUUCUACUACGAAUUGCCGAUAGAGGCCGCAACGUUUGUGGAGGCGGUUUUCCCAGCCAUGACAGGAGGCUGGUGUGUCAUGUUUAUGUCAGUAUUUACGUAUAUAUCUGACGUUACAACAGAAGAAGAUCGUACCUUCCGCAUUGGGGUCGUCAACAUAUUCUUUUCGAUUGGAAUGCCUAUUGGUAUAGCGCUGUCAGGAAUCUUGUAUCAGGUGAUAGGAUUUUAUGGUGUCUUCGGGACGGCUUCAUGCAUGUACAUGUGUAGUUUUUGGUACGGGUACACUCAGAUUCAUGAGGAGCCCAAAGCUUGGCCGUGUGAUAGACCCAAACCAAAGGGUAUCCUUGCGUUUCUGGCUGAUUUCUUUGACGUAAGAGUUCUUUCUGAAACAUUCAACACUGCCUUCAAGAACGGCGAAAAGGGACGACGACUACAAGUGAUUCUCCUCAUGCUCGUCGCGUUGCUUCUCAUCGGGCCCGUGCAUGGUGAAACCACAGUUGCCUAUUUAUUUGUUCGAAGAAAGUGGAACUGGGACGAAUUGGAAUUUAGCAUUUUCUCCACGUACUGUGUUGUCCUGAACUUAAUUGGAACUUUAGUAACCGUCGGGCUUUUCAGCGCCGUGCUGAAGUUCCAUGACAGUGCUAUUGGAAUGAUAGCGUGCGCUUCGAAAAUCUCAGCAGCACUUCUCUAUGCGUUUUCCACAUCAGUACCAAUGGUAUGCUUUGCACCAAUCUUGGACAUGAUGAGCGGUACGUCCUUCAUAACCAUGCGUGCCCUUGCUUCUAAGCUUGUCGCAAACGAUGAGCUAGGCAAGGUGAACUCCCUGUUCGGUGUUGGUGAGGCACUUAUGCCUGUCGUUUGCGGUCCUUUGUACUCCAAGGUGUAUCAAAUGACGGUCGACACCUUGCCUGGCACGUUUCUUCUAUUGAGUGCCGGUAUAACCUUGCCGGUAUUCGGUAUCUUCGGAUGGUACUACUACGCAGCAUCAAGAGAGAACAGGUUAUCUGUGGGCAGGGUCCACUGACGAUACAAAAGCUUCUACCUGACAGUAAAAUAUUUAUA